GCAGGAGGAGAGGCCGGGGAGCCGCGGGGCUCCGGCGCUGCCUGAACUCGCAGCACCCCGGGAGCAUCGCCCCCAUCCCGCAGGAUUUCCCAUUCCCAAACCUUGGCUGCAUGGAGGAAGAGGCUGCAUGGAAGAGGAAGAUGCCCUGGGACACCCAGGCAGAGCAGGAGCUGAGGAUGGAGACCUGCAAGGACAAAUCCCCACGGCAGAACCUCGUGGCAGAGGCUGUUUUGAGCAGCUCCAUGGCGCAGGAAUCCAACGGAGAGGAAAAGCCCCGGAGAUUCCACAGGAGGAGGGGCUGCAAAGCCAGCCCAGGGUGCUCUGAAGAGGAAAGACCCACCCUGUGCCAGGAAGGUGGGCAGAACUUCAGGCAGAGCUCGGAGCUGGUGGUCCAUGAGCAGGUUCAUGAUGGGGAGAAGCCCUACAAGUGCCUGGAGUGUGGGAAGAGCUUCAGGCAGAGCUCCCGCCUGAUCCGCCACCAGAUGAUCCACACCGGGGAAUGGCCCUACGAGUGUGGGGAGUGUGGGAAGGGCUUCAGCUGCAGCUCAGAACUCAUCAGGCACCAACGCAUCCACACUGGGGAGAAGCCCUACGAGUGUCCCGAGUGUCAGAAGAGGUUUCACACCAGCUCCAGUCUCCUCCUGCAUGAGCGGAUUCACACGGAUGAGAGGCCCUUCCGCUGCCCUGACUGUGGGAAGGGCUUCAAGCACAACUCCGUCCUCAUCACCCACCGGCGCAUCCACACCGGGGAGAGGCCCUACGAGUGUCCCCAGUGUGCGAAGAGCUUCAGCCAGAGCUCUGCCUUGACCCGACACCAAUGGAGGCACCACUAAAGGAAGCCCUGCGAGUGCCCUGACCGCAGGAAGAACUUGAUGCCCUGUUCCAACUCCAUCCCCCACGGGAGGAUCCACAUUGGUCAGAGCCCUGGUGACCCACAUUCCCAGUGAUCUCUGCUGAGAAGACACCUGGCUGGUGGUCUCCACGUCCUUCUGGAUCCCCAUAGACACCUGGUGAACUCAGGGCAGGAAUAUCCAUCAGGACUCUGAUCAACAUUGGAAAUUAAUUGGGAAGAGCUGUUUCUUUGACUUUAGAGCCCAAAAAGUCUUACCUGCUGUGUCAUUUUUUCUUCUGAUCUUGGAGAUCUUUUCUUACCUGAAUAAUUUCCAUGUUUAUGCCAUCAAAACACUCGAAUUGGGGUAAAAAUAAAGAAAUUAAGCAAAGAGA